UUGAUUUGACAUCCAAUUGGAAACUUCACCUUGCAGGCGAAAGUCAUCUGUCAGAUGUGUGCGACGUAUGUGCUUUUACUAUCUCUGGAAAUUGAAUAAAAAAAGGCCUCGCGAAUAGUGUGUCGAACGGUAAACGAUUCAGCACAUCGUCAACACAAUGGAGAAUGAUACGGACCCCUUCACACCAGCUCCAGGAAACUGCCUAAUCAAGAUCAACAAAACAGCCAUCAUAACGAACCUAUACGAGGGUAUUCCGGAAACAUUAAUCCUUAACGUAAUUGGCUGGGUUCUUCUUAUCUUACUUUUCACCAUACUCAGACAUCAAGCAUGGGAUUAUGGACGCCUUGCUUUGGUAAAUAGUCAUGGAACGAAAAAACGCUGGACGCAAUUGUUUUAUGCCCACGGCAAAGAUGAACCACAAACGCCUGAUGCGAACCCCCCGAACAAUCAGCCACCAAUUGAUCGCGGCCUAUUUUCAUGGAUGUGGGUAACGUUAAAGUUGAAAAAAGAGGAAAUCCUCGCACAUAGCGGUCCUGAUGCUGUUCAUUACCUGUCAUUCCAACAACAUUUGAUGUUGGUUAUGGCCAUCAUUACACUUGUGUCCAUUGUGGUCAUCUUGCCAAUCAAUUUCCAAGGGACACUGAGCGGUGAUGUAAAUUCUUUUGGCCACACAACUAUAUCGAAUUUAGAACCGCAAUCUCCAUGGCUAUGGGUUCAUGUGUUUGUUGCUAUUGCAUAUGUCCCGUUGGUUGUGUUGAUAAUGCGCCGCGCAUCAGGUCGAAACGCUUUCAAGAAAGCUCCCUGCCGAACUAUAAUGGUCACACACAUAUCAAGCAACGAUCGAAACAAGUCUGAGAUUCGUAACUAUAUUCAGCAGUUAUUUCCAGAUGUUAACAUUGAAGAUAUUCAACUAGCCUUCAACAUAAAGAAACUAACGAAAAAGUAUGCAGAAUACGAACGGUGCGUAGAGGCGAGAAUUUAUUGCGAUAAUAAUCGGGACAGACGAUCUAUCCGGGUCACCCCAGUUUGGUAUUCAUGCAACACAGUGGACGCUUUUGAGUACUAUCAAAAAGAAGAACGGAAUCUAGCGGGAGAAGUAGCGAGGCUUAGAGCAUCAGCGUUGAAUGAACCUUUAGGAAUCGCGUUCAUCACUGUCUCUACAGUAGAGGAGGCUCAGAGUGUUAUACAGCAUUUUCGUCCAGGAACUUACAGGGACUGGCAGUUGGCAUUUGCUCCACAGCCGCUAGACAUUUUCUGGGAGAAUCUGAGUGUAAGCACGCGCAGAUGGUAUGUGAAGUGGAUUGCUGUGAAUUUAUGUUUGUUCAUUGUAUUGUUUUUCCUAACAACACCAGCUUAUAUUGUUAAUCUUCUCGAUUUCUUAUCACUAUCCCAAGAUGAUCAACAGAAAUAUAAAGUUAGCCCAGUAGUAUCGGAAUUCUUGCCAACUUUGAUGCUUUGGACGCUGUCUGCGUUGAUGCCAGUCAUUGUAGCAUAUUCAGACAAAUGGCUGUCACACUGGACCCGUUCACGCCAGAACUACUCAGUGAUGACUAAGACGUUUGGAUAUUUGCUAUUCAUGAUUCUGAUUUUGCCUUCAUUGGGGUUGACUAGUGCCCAAGCUCUUCUUGAGUGGACAGUGCAGGGCAAAGAUCAGUAUCGCUGGGAAUGUAUAUUUUUACCCGAUAAGGGUGCAUUCUUUGUGAACUACGUGAUAACCGCCGCGUUUAUUGGUACUGCUUUGGAAUUAAUUCGGUUUCCUGAGCUGAUUGUUUAUGUGUGGAUGCUAUGUACGGCCAGGUCCCGGGCUGAGAUCCAGUAUAUACGUAAAUCUAUUCUGAUAGAAUUUCCUUUUGGUAUUCACUAUGCUUGGACGGUCAUGGUCUUUACGACAAGUGUUGUCUACAGUGUUGCUUGCCCUCUGAUAAUGCCAUUCGGCAUGGUUUACAUUUGCUUUAAGUAUGUGGUUGACAGACAUAAUCUGUUCUUUGCUUAUGGCCCUAGCAAUAUGGUCAGCCGAAACGGUGGGAAGAUUCAUUCAACUGCGGUAACCAUGACGAAGUUCUCUGUUGUACUACUAUUGACUAUAUUGGCGGCGAUGGCGGCUAUACGUCGGCAAGGAUUCGACGCCCGAGCAAUUGUUCUUAUUCUGUCGCUUUGUAUGUCACUUACUCUAUUUGCUUUUAUGUCGCCAAUCAAACGCUGUACAAUGCGACGCCCAAGUAUUUCCAAUGAUCGUGCUCCUGCACCUCUAUAUGUGGCCGACGUUUUGUUCGCAAGGCAAACCGCUACAACAGACCAUGCCACUUACUCUGGCUAUGGGUCCGACACACGAAUUGAGUUGAAUUCAGAGAAUGGGGGUGAUAAUUCGUCUGUGGAUAUUUAAGAGCUUUGAACUGACAUGUGGCAAUUUGAAGUGCAGUAGAACUCGUAAUGAUUUUUCGAUUCCGGGAGACUUUCAACCUAACAUUACGUAUAAUCCCUAUCGUACAGAAACUCGCAUUGUAUUGUAGACGUUAAAACAUAGACUAUAUGAACGUGUAGUGUUCAAGAUCACAUCAUAAUCUCUCUGCGCUUGCUUCAGAUUAAUGGAGCAUGGAGCAGACGACUCAUUAAUUUUCGCCAUAACGACACCAUCUUAAAUCUCAGCAUCGCAUUGAAGUUUACGAUGCUAUUAUAGUCAUAGAUUGUUGCACCAAAUGCGAUAAUACACCCACAUGACAGUUGAGAAAUUUCUCUAAGCCUAGUUAAUCGCAAAUGGUUAUUUUUAUGGCAUGCAGCCGAACAGACAGUCGAAAGUUCACAAUUUGUAUACACUCCAGCGUUCGGUUGCAUGCUGGAAGCGCAUGUCUCUUCUUAAUUGAAUUCCGAUCCAACGCAAUUCUACUGCAUGAGAAAUAAGCGCAUUGAACUAAGGUGCCUCCAAGCAAGUGUAUUUACGCAUGCAAAGCCUUCUACUCCGGCUGCACUCUGCAUAGUAGCAUAUGCACGUGAGUUUAGUAUUCAAUUUAUAUUCAUCCAAUCGGUAUUACUUUGAUUCGUCUUUUUUAAAUGCAAAUAGUUAUUUAACACGAAAUUGCUUUCAUGUAUUAAAAUGAAAUUCCUAUUAAUAUCCGGCUAAGCCAAGAAUUAGAAAAAAAGUUAGUAAACUUAUCGAAAAGGAAAACGUGGACGAACUUGAAACGACUACACACAUGUAAAAACUGUAAGAGGAAAUAUGAGAUUUUUUUAGGAAAUUUCUCUUGUGAUUUCAUUUCCUAAUUAUUGUAUUUUUUAAAAGUUGUAUAUAUUAUAAUACAUGGUAAGGAUCUAAUUGAUUAAUGUAUAUUUAAUAAAUAUAUUUUAUUUAUACUCUA